AUGGACCUGGAGAUCACCGUGUGGGAGCUGGAGGAGAUUCUCCCCAAGAUGAGGAAGAAGCUGGAGAGCACCUCCAUGAAGAUGGCCAGUAUGGACUUGCACAGAUUCAGAGUGUUUAAAAAGAAAGGCCAGUUUACAAUCCAUACCCCUGAUAAUAUUGUCAUUGGAGUCGCUGGAGAAGAUGCUAUCCUGCCUUGCUACCUGUCAUCCCCAAGGGUCCCUCUGAGCACUGGUGUCCAGUGGACACUUGCAAGACCUCUGGAGAGAAUAGAAGUGACCUUCUAUAAUGGAGGAACACAAACAGAAAGGCAGGGUGAGGGAUACCAGGGCCGAACGGAGUUCUUCACAUCUCAGCUGAGCAAAGGAAACCUCUCCCUGAAGCUGAAGAACAUCCAGGUCACCGACAAAGGGAAAUAUGCCUGCCAGGUUGAUGUCUCAGACUGGCAUGGAGAAGCCUACAUUGAACUGGAUGUGACAGAACAUGUGUAUUGCUCUCUCCUGACAGCUCCCUAUAGAAUCCUUCCUAGCAACCCGGUUAUUGGAGUCAUUGGAGCAGACAUUAUCCUUCCAUGCCAGCUCUCAGUCACUAAGUUACCUGGAAGCUUCAAAGUGCAGUGGAAGCUGUUUAGACCAGCAGUAUUAAUCCAUGAGGUCUCCUAUAAUGGAGGAAACCAGACAGAAACCCAAGAUGAGAGACAUCAGGGUCGAACGGAGCUGUCCAUCACUGAAAUGACUCAGGGAAACUUGUCACUGAAACUCAAGCAUGUCCAGAUCUCUGACAAAGCAGAAUAUGUCUGCAGCCUGGAUUCUGGGAGCUGGUAUGAUGAGACGGUAGUUGAACUGGAUGUGACAGGCCGAUUCAAAAUCUUUCCCCCAAGUAACCCUGUUAUCAGGGCAAUUGGAGAGGACGUGGUCCUGCCCUGCCAGCUGUCAGCCACCAUUAUCCCUGCAAGCAUCACUGUACAAUGGAUCCUCAUCCAGCCCUCUAGGAAACCAGUCAAAAUCUUCUACAACGGAAGGUUCAUUGAGAACCGGCAGAAUGAGAGAUCCUGGGGUGGUAUGGAGCUCUUCAGCACUGAGUGGACGAAGGGGAACAUGUCUCUAAAGCUGAACAACGUCCAGCUCCCCGACAGAGGGAAAUAUGUCUGCAGUGUGGCAGCUGGGGACUGGUACGACAAGGUGGCCAUUGAGCUGGAAGUGACGGGACCCCAGCUCUGCAAAAGAAGGAAGACCUGGUUCAGCAGAAGCUAUGUGGAUAACAGAGAGGGAAUGGCACUUUCUUCUGCUGGCCAUCAAAGGCUAGAUCCACAAAGGGGACUUGGACUCAGUUUUGCAGAACCUACCUCCUAG